AUGGCUUUUUUCCUGAAGAACUCCUCGCUUUCUUCUCACUUCCGGUCGCGUUCUCAGGAAGCGCUUUCAGUCCCUCGCCGUGGAUUCCAUAUCGAGCUUGGCCAGCGAGAGAAAGCUCUCUUGGCCGAUGACCCGGCUAUUCGUAGAUUCAAAUCACACAAGUCAGGCGUCUCGAAAAUUAACAAAAUUGGAGAUUUUCUCACCGUUGUCGUUGUAGUCGGGUGCUGCUAUGAGAUUUACGUGAAAGCAACGAUGCGCGAAGAAUCAAGGAAGCAGGCAGGUGAGAGUGCAUAA